GUGAAGCACCUCGCAUCACUUGAAAGCACAACCGCCUUCAAGAUGGCUUCCGUCGUUGCCGCAGUCCUGAUGUGCGCGGCAUUCCUAGCGCCAGCCUCUGCCCAAGAUGCCGAACUUCGUCACGCUCGGGCCAACAACGGUUUCGGCGUCGCUCUCUUCAAGGAACUCUGUUCGAAGAGGGCGGACCAGAACGUCUUCUUUUCACCCGCCAGCAUCAGCAUCGCCUUGGGAAUGCUGUACGCCGGAGCUGGGGGCAAGACCCUCGAGGAGUUGUCUUCCGUUCUGGGACUCUCGGGCGCUGAGCUCGUCGACAGGAACGUCGUGCUGACGGCCUACAAGUCACUCGUCGAGACGAAGCCCGCUAACGCCACUUUGGACAUAGCCAACACGGUCCUCAUUCAGAAGGACUUCGAGAUCCUGGACCAGUACAGGAAUGACGUAGUCAACUACUUCCAGGCAGAAGCGAGGUCAGUGGACUUCGUUCGAGAUGGCUCGAGAGUGACGGCCGAAAUCAACAAAUGGGUGAAAGACAAGACCAAGGGAAAGAUCCCGAAGCUGCUAGACGAGGCUUUGCCAAUGAACACCGUAGCCUUUCUCAUCAACGCCGUCUACUUCAAGGGAACGUGGGUGACCAAGUUCCAAGCGCGUAACACCAAGCCGCUACCUUUCUACAACCAGGGUCGACACGAGGUGAGAGUGGCCACCAUGUCGGUUCGUCGGCACUUCGGCUACGCCGCGGUGGGCGAAUUGAAUGCGAGGGCUUUGGAAGUCCCCUACUCGGGAGACAGGUUCAGCAUGAUCAUCGUGCUUCCGGAGAGCAAGACCGGGCUGCCGACGGUCGAAGCCAGCCUCACAAGCGGCCUGGUGGACAAGAUCGCGAACGAUCUAACGCCGAGAGACGUCCAGCUGUGGCUGCCCAAGUUCAAGCUGCAGACCGACUACGAUCUCGUGGCGCCGCUCCGUAGGCUGGGACUCGAAAGCGCCUUUGGUAACAGUGCGGACUUUUCAGGCAUCAGCGGCAGGAACGACUUGGCGGUGUCCGACGUCAAGCACAAGGCCAUGGUCGAAGUUAGCGAGGAAGGCACUGUGGCAGCUGCCGUAACUUCAGUCCGUAUCAGGUGGAAGAGUACAAAAAGCGUUGGACCUCGGCCUCCCAUUUCGUUCCGCGUCGAGCACCCGUUUGCGUUUUUCAUUUGGGACAAAGUGAGCAAGCGUGCGCUUUUCAUGGGGGCGGUUAGGAGUCUCAACUGAUCUAUCAUUGCGCGUACGUGUAACCCAAUUUCUCAAACGUUCCCGACAAGUCUGUUAACAACUUGCAAAAAUUGAGUUAGUGCAUCUCAAUUGUUCCGUGAUAGUCUUCGCUUCGACGUCGUCGCUCGAAUUCCUUGCGUUGCUUGGGACUUAAAGUGCAAUCGGCUAUUAUCUCAUUUUGUAAAGGUAGAUAAA